CAUUUCCUAGCUUCAGCAGCAGCCUUGUAGGCUUCGUUCAUUCGCUGCUCUCCAAGAACCGUGGGUCCGGGCGCCCAUUCGGCAGCGCAGUCGAGGCCCCCAAGCAGCCAGUUCGGCCUCCGAAACUCAUGAGACUGUCAAGAGGAUUGCACUCUACGCAAUUUUAUAACACCACACUAUUGUUUCGGCCUCACCCGCCUUUGCACCCGAGUCGCCCUUCGCGUUCCUGCGCUGCUAAGAACUCUCAGAUGGUUGAGUGGCUGGUAUUUGGGUGUGCUAUGCUAAUUGGUGGCCUGCUAUGGCUCAGCUAUCGCCAAGGAGUCUCGUUCAUGGUCGCCCCGGAGCUCAUAGCCACGCCCCCGGCCAGCGUAAUCAUUACCAUGCGGCACUCAGAGCGGGCGCCAUUGCUGGGCCAACAUCAGGCGUCUCGGGCGGCAGCGACCUAGAAUUGCUUUCGGACGGUUGGACUGGCUGACGACGGUUGGGCUGACCUCAGGCGAAAGUCAAUGUAUGAUGCAGACGGUGGAAAUAGUUCGACCGCGCUCACUUCGGAGCUUCACUCAGCGGCAGACGCGCGUCAAGAAUCGCGGGUGUUGGGCUCGAAGGUGCCCUUGAAAUUUAGUGCGGCCCAGCAUUCGGCAGCGCGUCACUAGCUGCAUUGUCGCUGCUCACACCACUCUCUUUGGACGCAAAAAAGUGCAUCAACCAAUAUGUCUGCCGUGAGGCUGCGGUGUAAACAGGCGGCGCAGGCAGGGGCGUGUCGGCGUGUGCGUUCCGAGCGCAUGCCCCUCCACCGUGCCGCGGUCGCGUGCCGUUACGGUGUGGUUGUUCGUUUGAAGAUCAGUGUGGCGGAAGCCGUUGAUUACUUGUCACCGUUAAGGCGAUGACUGGCGCGGGCAUGGCAGGACACCGGAGCCAGCUGACCGCAACGAACCUGCCGCAAUGUGCCCCCACCAUUCUGGACAUUCGGUACUAGUCUCGGGCGUGUCUCGUGAUGGCGGGUGAACGGCAUGGCGUGUGACUGCCAGUGUGUCGGGUUCUGGAUGUCAAACCCGGGAUAAGUGCGAUUGCAGCGGUCGAAGUGUGACUGUGUGAGCCGUCUGGCGUGUGAGGUUUGCUUCCUGUGUGUCAAGCAUGUCAUUCGAAGCGCGACAGGCUUACCGGACGGUAGUGGCAGCGCCUCAGAUGCGCAGUGUUUGGCGGCGCUUCAACUGUCUGUGUUAUUUUGAACUACGGUACGCAACUUGGCACACGGAGUGCAUUGUGGCUGCAGGCAUUUCGCGGACGCCGUCAUAGCCUGGUGCUGGCGUACUGCUGAGAGGGGCUGUGCUUCACUGCUGCAAGCCGGAUCCAAAUGUAGCUAGGCUGUGCUGUCGGCGGCUGGGACUGAUACGGAUCUUUCUUCAAAGCCUCGUGUGACAUGGCGCGCUUACAUUGUGGGGACGCUGAGGAAUGUCUGGGCGGCUGGGCCUCUGGGCUGUGUCACCUGUGUGUGCGGGGGAGGCUCCAAACCGCAAUCGGAGUGCAAGUAGGGAACAGCAGCACGUGUCCUGGCGUAGUGCAGCAAAGAGGGAGCUAAGAGGAGAAGACCGACGGCACCGCUGGCGGCUGGCAACCGCAGUCGGUGGGCACACAUGCAAGGGCACAUGCAGGGCAGGGCAGUGUGGGUCAGGGCAGCUCGACAUCAGCAUC